CGCGUUUCAUUAUUUUGUGGAAAUGUGGUUUUUGUUUUCCUUCUCACUAUGAUCUACUUAAUCUAAAGUUAGAGCGAGUAGCAACAUGUACUGGUGCUCAAGAUACGAUUAAAAUUACAGAAUAUUUAACAUGUGUCGUGUUGUCUGAUAGGAAAUACAGACUGCUGUGAAAGAAGCUAUUUAUCAGAAAAAACAAGAAAAAUAAACUAAAAAUUAAAAUUUUACAAUCAAUAUUAAAUAAUAAUAGUCAAAGGUAGUCACAAUGGUGGUUUUGGAAGGUGAUUCCGGGGAUGCCAAGCUUAUAUCAUCAGAGGAAAUUGAUAAAGAAGAAACCAAGUCGCCAAGACUUUUAACAUUAGAAAUUUUCCGUAUCACAAAGGAUGCCCAACAGCAGCAUGGUCUGCGUCAUGGUGAUUACCAGCGGUAUCGCGGCUACUGUUCAAGGCGCAUCCGAAGGUUGCGCAAAGUGCUCAAAAUACCUCAGGGCGAUAGGCGCCAUUACCGUCGCCGUGACGUAACCACCGUCCACUUGACGGCGACGACUGCUGAGAGCCGUCUGCUGUGCGUGCCGCUACUUCAGGCUGAGAGGGCCUGGGCACAUGCUAUGCAGCUGCGUCAAGAGGCCAACACCGAGCCGCGGAAGAAGUUCCAUCUGGUGUCGAGAUUGAAGAAGGCUUUUGCGCAUGCUCAGACGCUUCUGCAGUUGUGUGAGCAAAGCGGCGUGUGCGACGCCCGCACGCAGCUGGAGGCGGGCGCGUACGCGGCGUGGCUGGGCGGCGCGCUGCAGGUGGAGCUGCAGCAGUGGCGCGCCGCGGCCGAGAGCCUGCAGCGCGCGCAGCUCGUGCUCGACAAGCUCUGCGCCGCGCUGCCCGACGAGGAGCGCCUCGUCUACAAGCAGAAGGUAGAAGAACUGAAGCCAAGCCUUCGUUACUGCGCCUACAACAUUGGCGAUGAGUCUGCGGCUGGCGACCUCGUCGCCAUGCGCGGACAGGGACUCAUCGAGAACUUGGACUCGCUCAUGGCGCAAGCUAAGGAGUCGCGCUCAGGCGUAAUGCAUGAAGUGGAAUGGCGCGGUCGUAAGGUCACUGUAAGGCCCGAAAAAGUGCGACUGUUCCUUAUCGCUCUCCAAGAUUUAGACAAGUCCGUUGCCAGCGCUGACAACGUUCAAGCCAAGAUUGACAUCCUCGAGAACAUACUGAUGGACUGCAAGGACGCUAUAUCAGCUAUUAAGGACGAGAUCAAAACCGAUCCGAAACUAAAAACUGCUUCAGAGACCCAGUUGUCUAGCAUCAACUACUUGCUGUCUUACUUGAUGUACUUGCGUCUAAUUCGCACCAUUGAAAGGAACAACUUGCUGGUGCAGCAAGCAGAGGAAGCUCGCAAGAACAACAUACAAAUCGACGGCAAGAAGGUUCGUCCUCAAGACUUGACUCGGCUCUACGAAAUUAUCUUGCAGAACUUCACCGAGUUGCAACAACUGCCAGGGUUCGAAACUGACGCAGCUUACCAACAGGAAAUCGAGACCUUGACGAAAGCAUACCGCUCUUUCCGCUGCUACUACAUCGCUCAAGUGCUGACUGGACUGAGACGCUUCAGGGAAGCCCUCGCGAUGCUCGAGCGCUGCAGCAACUACGCCACCGAGUCGCUCAACAGCAAACUUAACGACAAGCAACUAGUAGACAAAUUGCAAUUACUGAAAAAGGAUGUUGAGAGCUGCAAGUUCGAAGUUCACGCCGACUCCGUGCUGGAAGACGAUGAAGACCAAGACGAGGACAUGAAGUACACGUCCAGCGGAAAAUACAAGGAGAAGAAACCUCUGGUCGACCGCUUGGACGAGUACAAAGAGGAUACCCAAGUUCUUACGAAGAACCCUAACAUCUACAAAAUGCCACCAUCAAUGGAAGCCAUUCCUUGCAAACCUCUCUUCUUUGACCUGGCAUGCAACUUUGUAGAGUUUCCGAACUUGGACGACAAGACCGGCGCCGCUGAGAACAAGAAGCAAGGCGCAGGUCUCACUGGACUGGUCAAGGGUUUCUUGGGAUGGGGCAAAAGUGACAAGUAGACACAAACUUUUAUUGGUUUUAUUAUAUGCCUGGAUAUGUUUAUAAAGGUUCAAAUUAUUAUACACACAUAAAUAACAACA